UUUUUCCUAUGAAGAAAAUCGAAAAAACACAAUGCAAAGUAAUAUUUUUUAACGAAAAACAUUUGUGUAGGUGGAAAAAUCCACUUCGCAACACUGAAAAUGUAUUUACUAAUUCAUUAUUUUUUUAACAGGCGGAUCAACUCACAAAAAGUGACACAAACAGUAGCAGGGAAAAUCUGCAAUCGAAUUUAAGGGACAGUGAGAUCGACAGCGAAGAUGAUAAGAAUGGACGCAAAGACAGCAUCGAUCUCAGCUCGAAUGUUCCCUCGGGAACCAAUAAAGCUCCUCCUCUGUUGGAAGCACUUCUUCAAGACCUGCCAGACAAAUGGAAGAAUUGGGUGGUGCGAGGGGUUUUCAGCUUCCUAAUGCUUUCCUUCUUUUUGGUGGUUAUAUAUGGAGGGCCACUAGCAUUGAUGAUCACCACUCUGGUGGUACAAGUAAAAUGUUUCCAAGAAAUUAUCAACAUCGGCUACUCGGUAUAUCGAAUCCACGGUCUCCCUUGGUUCAGGUCCCUUUCUUGGUAUUUCCUAAUUACCUCGAAUUACUUUUUUUAUGGUGAAAGUCUAGUCGAAUAUUUUGGUGUCCUUAUCAACAGGACGGACUUCCUACGUGUUCUAGUCACCUACCACAGGUUCAUCUCGUUCUCCCUAUACUGCUGCGGCUUCGUCCUUUUUGUUCUCAGCUUGGUGAAGAAAUACUACAUGAAACAGUUCUCACUUUUCGCAUGGACGCACGUGGCACUACUCAUCGUCGUUACCCAAUCAUAUCUGAUUAUCAAAAACAUCUUCGAGGGCUUGAUAUGGUUCAUAGUGCCGGUGUCGAUGAUCAUAUGCAACGACAUAAUGGCCUAUGUAUUUGGAUUUUUCUUCGGAAAGACGCCCCUGAUCAAACUGUCGCCGAAGAAAACCUGGGAGGGAUUCAUCGGAGGUGGGAUCUCGACUGUUAUCUUCGGGUUUAUGAUUUCUCACAUCAUGUGCCAGUUUCCCUACUUCGUAUGUCCCAUUGAAUACAGUGAGACUUUGGAGAAAAUGACGAUGGACUGCGAACCAGGUCCACUGUUUCGACUUACUAGUUAUAAAUUACCUGGAUUUCUAGGUGGAUUUUUGGCCACGUUUGGAUUACCAGAUAGCAUAUCUGUAUAUCCCUUCGUGUUCCACUCAUUGCCACUGUCUUUGUUCAGCAGUAUUAUUGGUCCAUUUGGAGGAUUUUUUGCAUCUGGCUUCAAAAGGGCAUUUAAAAUAAAGGACUUCGGUGACGUAAUACCGGGCCACGGCGGAAUUAUGGACCGCUUCGACUGUCAAUUCCUGAUGGCCACCUUUGUCAACGUGUACAUCAGCAGCUUCAUCCAGACACCUAGUCCACAGAAACUGCUCACUCAGGUGCUCUACCUCAAGCCUGAACAGCAAUUGCAACUCUACCACAUGCUCAGAGAAACCUUGGAGAAUAGGAAUAUCCUUAUACCGAACGUUUAAUUAUAUUUUUUAUUUACAUAAAUUUAAAACUAUAUAUUAUAUUUAUUUAUUUGUACAAUUCCGUUUUUAGAUUUGCUAAAUGUUGAAGUAUUAAUAUGUUUUAUGCCUCGUUGAUGUUUGUUCUGUUUGAUCAUUGAUUUCUAUUUUUAGUGCCGUAACCAAAGAGGAUAGAGAUAAGCUUGACCUUGGAUCACUAACAGUGACAUAUCUUUUAGGACUUUUGUCACAAAGUUCGUCUUUAAGUAUGCAAUCCAAGGAAAAAGAAGUGUAGAUGAGAUAAUGUUCGUAUCAUCUGUAAAUGCUUCAAAAUUCCUCACGUACUCAUUCCUCUUUGACCGUAACACAUGAUUGUCAAACUAACACAUGUCGACGUUGUCAAACUGAAACAUGUUGACGUGGUGAGGUCUCAAUUUGACUUACAAUAUCUGCGAGUUCUACGUGAAUAUUUUUAUAAGAACCUUUGGCAGUAUGGUUGUGUAAUCAAAGUAGAAGGGCAGCCUUUGAUGGGUUGUCACACAUAAUUCUCUUGUAGGUCCUGUUUUAAUCGAAGCCGAGAAACGCAUAGAAGAAUCUUUGGCAACAUUUUACGUCGACCCUAAUACAAUACAUCCUAUGUAUGGUCACUUAGCGACCCUUUUGCGAGAAUAAGAAUACUGCCUAUACUAGAAUUGUAGAACAUCCUGAUGCACUCCAAUAUUUCGUCGUGGAACUAAUAUAUUCUUCGCCAUAGCGUUUUCUAUAUUCUUAAGCAUCUCUUAUGGAAAAUUGUUAAUGCAAAAUAAAUUCGUUCAUCAGAACAUAACACAACCGAGAUUUAAGAUUACAUUGUUUUGGUUAAAUCAGUUUUCUAGGCACUAGGUUAUAUGUAUGUAAGUACUUAUAUCCACGUCGGUAUCGGCUUCAAAUAAAAUGUUUGAUGAUCAUAUGUUACUAGCCUUAAUGUUAUAAAAAUUGUCUAUUUAAAAUUGGAAGGUCAGUAUAUUCUUAAAUUAUUGGAGAGAGAUAUUAUGUAGACGUAUCUGUUUUUACAGGGAUUUGAGAGUUUAGUUUAUAAUUGAUAUCUUGUUUUUCUAAUUGUGCUAAAGUUCUUUAGGCACGUGGUGCAAAAGAUUACUUCAAGAAUUCACCCUGAAACUUUGUUUUUAUUUCGGAUAGUCGUAAAUGAAACUUUUAAAUCUCUGUCUCUUCUUUUUACAUGAAUUAAAAUGCAUCUUUUUAAUGAAACUAUUCAGCAUAGCUUAUGAACAUAACUUUUUGGGAGUACAACAGUCAGAACCACAGGGUAAUAUAGAAAUUUCCACAGGCUUUGUCAUGAGAAAAUUCUUCCAUUUUGGAUAGAACGUUCGUCUGGCAUGUGCUAAAUGUAUUGACGUCCCAUAGAAUAAUUAACGAAUUCUGAGUUUUAAUGCAACUUUUAAACUUGGCUGUUAACAACUCGAGCGUUAGUACAUAAAAUAUCGAAACAUAGCGUGAUACAAAAGUCCCAGAACGGCUCUGAAUUUUCUCGGUUAAGGUAUUUUUGGAAAAGAUCAAGGCUAGGUUUCCAGUAACUUUCCUCACACCAAUAGAAAGUUGUUCUUUUCCAGAAAUAUCGCUGCUUUCAUCGGCUAGUAUAUAGUAUGCGCAUGCCUUCCUGAUAUCCAUAAUGAUAUCCUCUCUUAUGACCUCACCACAAAGGUCAAUAAUUUCAUUCUGAAUUUGUGGUGACAGGUAGGUGGCAUUUUUUGGGCCAUUCUCCAUGUGUGUUUUCAAGUUUUGGUCACCAGCUUCAAUUUUAAGUUUAAUCAGGUCUUGGAAAACUCCCUCGUGAAGUUCUUUGCCCCUUAAAGGCAAAUCAUGUGUCCCACAAAAAAUGACGGUUGAAAUUAUUGAUGCUAAAAUCUUCUUAUUCGCCUCUAUUUCACUAUUGUGAGCAGAUAUCAGCUGCACAUCAACUGGUAAGUUCUCAUCGAAACAUUUUGCAGCUGUAGCUGCUGAUUUAUGCCAUUGAGAUGAUGUAUGCGAUUUGGCAAACUCGUGCAUAUCUUUAUAGCGGGUAAACGGCCGCACUAUAAAUGAGCCUAGGACACCACGCACAUUAGUAGGAGGAAAAAGUACACAAUAAAUGCACAAGGCGCCCUUUAACUUUUUUGAGUAUGCAAGCCAAGGGGCAUAUUCAGAUAGCCAGCAGAAUUUAAAUUUCCUCUUCAACUGAACAGCAUCCUUGGAAAAGUCAUAACUGGCAGGUGGAGACCAGCAGUUUUUCAAAACUUCUCUUCUUUGAACUGAAGUCAUACUAAAUGAACGUCCAACCCAGUUACCAAGGUCAUUUUCAUAAUAGGAUUCAUCAAAUGUUUUGCCGGAUCCUGACGGUAGUGAAGAUUGACUCGGUGUAUCCAAAACGACUGGGGCGCUAGAGCCGCAAGAACUGACAUUUUGUUUUGACUUUUCUUCCCCGCCGCUAUCACUCCCGCUCUCGCCACUACUUUUAUCUGUUUGCUUCCUUUUCUGACUACCUAAAAAAUAUCCAAGUAUACACAAAAGGUACAUAUUGUAUGCUCAGCCUGCGCCAAAUUUAUUCUCAUUGCUACUAUCACUAGCAUAAGAAUAUCAACACCGACUGAACGGAAAACCACAAAACAUCGGAAAACGGCUAGCCGAGUAAACUCGCCAUCGCCAUUCAUAAACAAAUCACUUAUUUAAUGAUAAGUGAUAUGUAAUGAUAACUAUAUUCCCUUCUUACCCUUACCUAAUAAUAAUUAGUAAGUAUUCAAAUUAUUGCUUGCUUACCUUUGGAGCUAAAGAAUUUUCUAAUGUCCAUUAUUAAAUAAACUUUUAUCCACGGCUCACUGGCAAACUGCUCGAGACAAAAAAUCUUCGAGUACACCUUAACUAUGUACGAAUAUGCGUAACACAAAUAAUUAGGUAAACCAAAAAUAAACAUUACUAACAAACAAACCAAAAUCUCAAAAAAACAGUGAUGCUCAAUGCUCAAAUACAAAACAAAGCAAGCUUUACAUUUGAUUUCGUGAAAUAAGUUAACCUUAAAGUGUGAACUGUCAACUGGUAGUGGCAAACAAUUACGAAUUCAAAGUGGUCCCUCGCUAAAAACGGGUUGGGAACCGCUGAUCUAAAACCUAACAAUACAAUGGCAAAUGGCAACUUAAAUGGGAGCUAUUGAAACUUGUUUCUAUGCAACCAGAUAUACACUAUUUUAUUAUAAUUUCUUGCAUUUAAACUGGGAGCGUUGCUUUUUUAUUCAUUAAUUUUAACUUUUUAGGAUGCGAAAAUAUCUGACAUACCCAGUUAAGAGGUUUAGGAAGUAAGUAGGGUAGGAUCAUUUGAAUUAAUUUUUUUUUAGUUAUAUAAUUCAAUUUAAUUUUUUUAAUAGGGUCCGUCUAGGGGGGGCAAGCGCCCCACCCUGCCCCACCUUGACUACGCCCAUGUUGCAGCAUGUCGUGAUGAACUAGAUCCCCAGAGCACGACUGGGCCACCAGGGCAGUGUCAUCAGCAUAGAGAUAGAUUUCACAGUUGCUGGGGCAAGGGACGUCAUGAAUAAAAAGUGAAUAAAGGACUGGUCCAAGAACCGAACCCUGAGGGACACCGGCUUUGAUGGGCCGUGUUGUCGAUAGAACGUUAUUAAUUUUGACCAGAAAUUUCCUACCCUCGAGGAAGGCUUUUAAAAGUUCAAUUUGUAGAGAAGGCCCUUGUACCACACGUUGUCAAAUGAAUUUGAGACAUCCAGAAGCAAGAUGCCAGUACUUUCGUUACGGGUGAACGCCUGGUUACUCGUUCAACAAGCCUUAUGGCCUAUAGCUCCGUACUAUGCUCAGACCGAAAGCCAAAUUGCACGUCAAUUGUGGUCUGCCGUGAAAUUUUCAAGGUGACGUAGAAUCACCUUUUCAGCGAGCUUAGAAGGAACUGACAGUAGACUAAUACGGCGGUAAUCCUGGGAGAAUAACGAACCCUCUUUCUUUGGAAUCAUUAUGACAUCAGCGGUCUUCCACGCUGUUGGGAAGUGCUGGGUUCUUAGCAUGGCAUGGAUUAUUGCCACAAGAUAAGUUAAGGACUUCCGCGAAAGUAGCUUCAGCGCCUUAUUAGUGAUUCGAUCCUCUCCAGGUGCUUUACGCACCUUGAGGUCUUUAAUAUGAUCUUGGAGCUAUGCUGGUGUGCAAUAUGGAGUCUCAGGAGAUUCCGCUGAUGUGUCAUGCAGCUCUUCAGUUGAGGAAACUUCUGAAGAUUCCUCUGAGGAAACAUCACUAAGGGAGGCACUACUGCCACUGACGCCGUUGGCCCUAAAAUAUCUCCUGACGGAUCUUACGAUAUGUUGCUCCUCGUCGAGGUCAUUAUCAAGGUCAUAGUUGCAUCAGCGAAAACCUCGACCUUUUCCUCUGUCCUACAGACUAUGCCCAUAGGACCGUGGAUGUGCGGGAGUUGUUCUCGCUUUCCGUUUCUGAGCGACUUUGCAACUUUCCAGAGAGGAAUACUUGAGUCAAGCAUCCCCGACAGAAAGUCGCUCCAUUGCUCAUUACGGAAUUCAUGAAGAGCAUUUCUCACUUCAUGAACAAGAUUCGUUGCUCUGUGAAUGUCAUCUGGGUGACAAGACCUCUUCGCUUGCUUAAUUGCAGCUCUUUUGUCAGAAAUUUUCUGACGAAUGUCUGCAGGGAGAAUCUGAUUCGUAUGAAGACAGUGUAAGCAGUACUGAAAGUAGUAACAGCGAAGCUGACCAGCUUACUGCCGAGACCGUAGUCAUUCUAAGCGCAAUAUUAGUAAACGUUUAGAACCUGGUUUCAUUGCCCAUCCCCCGAAUGCAACCCGAAACUUUGUUAUUUUAGUAGCUAUAAAAUUCUAUAAUGUGACUGCUCCCCUCCCCUAAUUUAAGUAUUCCCCAAUAGACCCUAAAAAAAUAAGAUACUCUCUACAUCACUGGAAUUUCUCUCAUUGAAAACAUAUUAGGUAGGGGCUCUUAAUAGACGUAAUAAGGUAAAAAGGUAUGUAUGAUAAUUCAAAUUCCAUAAUAUUUUACCUAGGAAGAAAAAAGCAGAGAUAUAUAGCUUUCAAAAUUAUUGUCACGAGCAGGCAAUUAUGUCUUAAUAUUAUUAGCUUUCAAUAGACUAAAGCAAAGCAGAAUCAAUUUUUGCGGAGAAAUACAAAAAAAUAGUACCCAUUGGAGCUAAACAAAAAAAAUAGCGUCAUAUAGGUACUUACCGAACUACUUUAACACCGCUGCUCUGAGGUUCCUUUAAAUUUUCAUUAUUUGACAAAAACUCUUACACCACUUCCACAUUUACAUGGGGUAAAUUUCGCGAAUCAGCUUUCUGAUAACCUUGGAGCAUUGUGCUAGCACAAAUAAAUAAAGUACACAAACGUCGGUCCCAGUUUAUAUAAAUUCGUAUUCGUAUACUCUUCACUCCGUGUACAAGACAAUACAAGAUACAAGUACUCUAUGAGCACGACAGCACGUGUCUGGCUACUGACGUUACGCGGUCUAGUCUCGCGUACAGGUACGUUUUCUAGCCUGCGUCGAUCCUUGAUUUUAAAAUGCUUUCCAUCGACGUAAAUAUUAAUAUUUUGAACUCAAAUUUCUUUGACCGUUUUUUGUUAACAAAAUCCCUCGAUUUUAAUUAAAAUAAGAGAAAUACGAAAAAUGUCGAACCUUCCUAUUGCAGGAACGACUGACGAUACGGCCCUCAAUGACAGAACUAUCAAAAAAAUGACUUAUGUCAAGAGUACGUUGAUCCUCACUACAGACUCAGAGAAUAAGGAAACAAAUAAAUCUUUUGAGUGGCUCCACACGUAGAAAUAGCAUUACCAGAACAGUAAGGAGCUAGUGAACCAGCGCUUAAAUAAAAUGAAUCUGUCGACAACUACUGCUACUAUAACUUACUUAAGUUAUAGGUUACCAAACUUCAAAGUUAACUAGCGAUUGAAAAACCGGGCCUAUGAUUCCUUGGUGUGUGGAAACGUGUUUCUGGAAAGCGCAUUGGUACAUAAUUGAAACUACAUUCCCAAUUGUAGCAUUUUAGUACUGUUUUAAUGUUGUUUUCAGUUGACAUAAGUUGGAAGUUACUGAUUAGAAAGGUUUGAUAGAUGAUGGUUACAAUUAAAGCUUUGCUUGAAAGAUCGAAUCGUACAGUUUGUUUGCUAGUUUCACAAUAAAACGCUGGAUGGAAUCUAAAAGUUUUUGCUUUACUUAAAAAGCAUUGUCAGACUAAUAUUAACAUUCAACAUUGAUUGGCUACCCUGAUUACAUAUCAUAACUAGCUAAUUAAUUGAUAAAGUACAAAAUUUCCUUGAACAUCUUGCUCUAUCUAAUUAUGUUUUAAUGCACUCGUAUGACACCCCAGCCAGAGUCCUUCUUUUCUCAUUGUACGGCCCAUCACUUAGUAUCAGCCGAGUCAAAGGAACAACAACCUUAUUUGCUUUAUCCACAGUGUGCUUUUAUGCCCAUUUCUUUUUGUUUCUUUGUCCAGGCAUCGCAAUCGCAAAUUGGCUUUGUAUCUCAGCAUUCCUAAAAUUUACUGACAACAUGGUCAACUUUUGAAUGCCAAAAAAAUAUUAUUUGGUUUUUUCAUGAGCCAGCUUCAAACCACUUUCCUUCAUACUUUGCUGAUCUCAGUUUUCUGUAUGCCAGGAUAAUUUUUAAUUUACCUUCCUCCUGGUUACCUAUCAAUUUUUUUUAUAUCGAAGCAGCAGCGCAGGCAGAAGCCUAAAUGCCGGAACACCGCGGCUGCUGUGAUGAUCCCAAAGAAAUUUUAUUAAUACGAUUUUUGAACUACCUAAGGUUAAUAGAACUGGGAAAAGCUUCCUCUUGUAGAUUGUUCCACAAUCUCUACACUCUCGGGACAAAGGUGCGGUCGUAUCGGCCGGUUCUGGAUGUACGAAGUUCGACACGGUUAGGAUGGGACGCCAAAGUUAGGCGGGUCUGUCUGGCAGGCACAUCGCGCGACGGCAUCGUGGAAGAGAGCUCUGAGGAGCAAAGCCCGUUGGUGUAACGGUAGAAAAGAGCCAGAUCGUCAAAGUACAGUACUGCGUUUUGGAAGCAUCGAACUGUACAAGAUUGUUGCGUCCCCAAGAAGUGAUAGCCUCCAGGUCUCUUGUCAGAGAAGAAGUCGUCGCUAGUCUUCUUUUUUCUAGCUCAGCGGCAGAGAUCGGCUUGUCACUCUGAAUUCCUGCAUGUAGAGUGCUGUCAUCAGCGAAGCUAUGGAUUGGUUUGAUCGUGCACGGAAGGAGGUCGUUGAUAUGUAAGAGAAACAGUUAAUCCCUAGCAGCAACUUUAGCCUUAAAACUCCAUCAUAGAAUACGUUCCACAGUAGUGGCCCCAAAAAGGGAUCCAUAUUGAACUUAUAUAAUAAUAUCCAUGGCCUCUCUGGUCUUCCUGACUAUAAGCGUUUUUUCAUCUAAGUACCUUUUAAUAGUGUUAAGCAGGUGUGCAGAGGCGCCUAACUGAGUGUCCUUACUAUUUCCUGCAAUUUCGCCAUAUUAAAGGUAUUCUUGGCAUCAAAUGCUUAAUAUGCAAUGAUUUAUAGUUUUGGUGUUGUAUUCGUGCUCAGAUUUGGCUAGAUCACAAUGAUAUUCUGUAUAGCAAACUAAUGACAAUAUUUUUCAGUGUUUUAUUGUGAAACUUAUACAGAUAAUUGUAAUUUUCAGUCGCUUGAUAGAAGAGCUUUGCCAAGUUCUUUUUAGUUUAUCCAGUCCAAAGUUAUCAUGUUGUUUAAACUACAUCAUGAUAUACAGAACCUGACAGACGAGUUAGAAACACUGAAAGUACAUUAACAUUUCCAUAAACAUGACUUGAUUGCAAAAUAUUGUACUACGAUUUCCAAUCAGUGAAAACAUGUACAAAAGCAAUAUUUGGUGUCCUGACCAUCAUCUCUUAAUAUAUAAAUAAGUAGCAGCAGUUAGAGUUUAUAUGAAGAUAAUGUGGCAAUGUAGCAAAGACACUGAUUUGGGAUAUGAAAAUGUAAUCCAUAAUGAUAAACUGAAUUUCAAUAUAUCAUGCAGUAUUUUCAAAGUCAUUUGCUGUGGUCUCUUGUUAAUUACACGCUUUGAAAGUUAAACUGCGUCAUUUUUACCAUGCAUCUCCUGUGUGAAGUGUUUGCGCUUAAGGACCUUAGAGAUGCAUUUUAAAUUUCUACAGAUCACAUAUAUUCUAUACAGCAGCAGAUUCCAUUAUAUUAAAUCCAAGAAGGUAAACUAUUAUAUAUUUUUGUAUAGUCCACGUAAGAUCUAUAUAAGUUGACUUGGAUAAAUGAGAAAACGUUUUCAGAAAGCUGCGUCGGUCAGAGUGAUGAAAAGACGUGGUUUUCUGACAAUUCUUUUCUUGGAAAAUCCAAUAGUGAGUAGUACCAUUUUAAUUUAUGUUAUAGAUAGUCAACUUGUAUUAUUUGUCAUAUGUACUUUGAAGACGUAUGUCUUACAUCUUAAUGUCGUAAAAUUAUUAGUGCAUGCAGCUGUUAAAGUACAUAAUUACUUUAAGAAAUAAUCAUCAGUUCUAAUAUCUGUAAGAAAUUUAUUCCCCAUGUGAUGUUUUCUUUAGCUAUGUAUACCCGAGUAUUAAAAGAAGUAAGUGUUGUAUGGUGGUGUAAACGUAAAUAAAAUAUAUCAUGAAUAUUUCAAAUUCAAUAAA